GGGUUAAUCAUCUCUAUAAUUGUUGUGCUGCACGUGCACCCACAAAAUAAAAAAUUAUAGGCCAUGGACGGUGACAGAAACGAAGACUUGAACAUGGAGGUUGUGGAGCCUGAAGACGCAGAGAGUGACAUGUCUGACAGUGACAGCGACGCAGAGGAUGGAGACUCCAAGCAGCCCAAGGAAGUGUAUCUUCCCGGCAAAAGUCUAGCUGACGAUGAGGAGCUGGUAUGCGACGAGAGUGCAUAUAUUAUGCUGCACCAGGCUUCUACAGGUGCACCCUGCCUGAGCUUUGACAUAAUUCCCGACGAACUUGGCGAGUCCCGGCAGUCUUUCCCGAUAACUGCCUACAUCGUGGCUGGUACGCAAGCAGCCCGCACCCAUGUCAACAACCUGAUCGUGAUGAAAAUGGGCAACAUGCACAAGACGCAGGAAGACAGUGAUGACGAUGACGAAGAGCUGGACGACGAUCAGGAUGACGUUGUUGAUCGCGAGGAUCUUAAGAAGCCACAGAUGACUUGCGCUCUUAUAAAGCACCAGGGCUGUGUUAACCGAGUGCGCGCCCGCCGUCUGGGCAACACGGUAUUCGCCGCGUCUUGGAGUGAGCUUGGGCGCGUUAACAUUUGGAAUCUGACUCAGCCCUUGCAGGCCGUAGAAGAUGCUCAGUGGCUUAAAAAGUAUGAACAAACAGAGACCCAUCCAGUUUACUCCUUUAGCGGACAUCAACAGGAAGGCUACGCCGUAGACUGGAGUCCAUGUGCAGAGGGCGUUCUUGCCACUGGCGACUGUCGACGAGACAUACAUGUGUGGAGUCUGGAGGACGGCACCUGGAAGGUAGAUCAACGGCCAUUGGCGGGGCAUACACAGUCCGUCGAAGACCUGCAGUGGAGUCCUAAUGAGCGCAGUGUUCUCGCUUCGUGUUCGGUGGACAAGACCAUCCGCAUCUGGGACUGUCGUGCUGCACCGCAAAAGGCCUGCAUGAUUACUUGUACAGACGCCCACGAGAGCGACAUCAACGUAAUCUCCUGGAACCGUUCUGAGCCAUUCAUCGCCAGUGGCGGGGACGAUGGAUUUCUCCAUGUCUGGGAUUUGCGCCAGUUUAAUAGUCAGAGGCCCAUUGCUACCUUUAAGCACCAUACAGAUCAUAUUACCACCGUGGAAUGGUGUCCAAGCGAGGCUACAGUGUUGGCCUCGGGCGGCGAUGAUGACCAAAUUGCAUUGUGGGAUCUUGCCGUCGAAAACGAUCCCGACCAGGCGCAGGUACAAGCCCGAAAUGAAGACGAGCUCAGCCAGCUGCCCCCGCAGCUGCUUUUCAUUCAUCAGGGCCAAAAGGAAAUCAAGGAGCUGCACUGGCAUGCUCAACUGCCUGGCGUACUGCUCUCGACAGCCAACAGUGGCUUCAACAUUUUUCGCACUAUCAGUGUUUAAGGCAAUGCCAUAAUAAAAACUUAAAUUCGUAAAAAAUUAA